AGAAAAAUUAUUUUUGGAUGGACGAAAAAAGAAAAUAGGAAAAAUAUUUUGGGAUGAAGUAUAAUGUAUACGUGGAUUUCCACCAAGUUCGUCGUCCUCUUUCUUACCUUUGUGUUAUCGGUUCUUUUUCUAGUUGCCAUCCCAGAUGGAGUGAUGGCACAAAGAGAUGAUGGGUGCAAGACAAUCAGCCAAUUUUGCGGGGGUAUUGUGGGAUUUCCAUGUUGCAAGGGACUAAAUUGCAAGCUCGAGGGCAAUUUCCCUGAUGCUGGUGGUGUUUGUGUCCGUCAACGCUUUUAACUAGACGAAUUCCGUCCAUAUUUGACACCACUUUUGACAUCAUAGUAUUUUACAAACAUACACCGAUAUAAUAAAUGUUUGUAUGUGUAUAUAUAAGAUUAUAGUGUUAAAAGAUAGUGUCAAGUGUGGGUUCAUGAGGUUCUACUAUCUAUAGAAGGCGCCUCGAAUGAAGAAGCGACCAAACACUUUGGUAUUGGAUGUGUGUUAAUGUGUUAUUGUUCUUUUAUAUUGAAUAAAAUUAUUUGUAUUGU